AUGUUAAAUGGAAAAGUCUUCUUAAACCAACAUUUUCAGGAAUUUCAACUUGAACAUUUACAAGCACAACGGUAUACAGAUGACGUUUUCCAAUCCAAUGAUAAGGUUUCCUAUAUGUCAUCUUGUCGGCCGGUUGGUGAAGUUAUUAUUGAUUAUUCUUUAUCCUUAUUCACCAAGAUUCUUUGUAAACGACAGGCAUCUACUCCUAACGUAUACACACCUUCAUUCUCAAGACUUCUGCGUUUGAGAGUCAUGAUUAAGGAACUGAAAACCCAAGUAAAUGUUGGGGUUGGGGUGGAUGUCUUAUGGAAAGCUUUCGGUGAGGAUUUGAAGAAUAUUCUUCCAAAAAUGAUGCCAAACUUAGUGAAGGAUGCUGAGAUGCUUGAAGGGGAUGGUGGCCUUGCAUCAGUCUAUCUCUUUAACUUCGGCCCAGGUAUAAAAACAAUGACAUAUCAGAAAGAAAGGGUUACAGAGUAUGAUGAGUCUGUUCAUCGAAUUGGGCUGGAAGUAAUAGAAGGAGGCUACCUAGAUCAUGGUUUUUCUCAUUACAAGACAACUUUCCAGCUUACUUCAACUGGAGAGCAGGAUACCCUAAUUGAUAUCACAAUCUCAUAUGAGUCUAAAGUAGAAGAAGACACCAUGCCUUCAAAGACAACAUCAUCAACAUUAGUUUUCAUCAAAUACCUAGAAAAUUAUUUGAUGAAUGGUGCUACUUAA